AUGAAGGUGGAUGCAAAGGAAAUACUUAACUUACUUUACCGCACGGAUCCUGACUUGAAUUAUAUUGAUGAUCACUUUGCCGAAGAAUGUUACUUUGGUGGACCAGGAUUCGACACAGUUGGCAAGGAUAAUGUAAUAGAAGUGUUCAAGGCAAUAUCCAUUUACCUAAAGGAUCUUAAAGUGGAAGGAUACAAAGAGACUGCCUCUCCACAUACUCUACACAUAGACACCAACCUCCUGGCCACAUUUGCGAUCCUUCCAUGGCUUCCAAUACAUAUGCGAAUGAUCCUUGUCAUUCAUAAGAAUCAAGACAACAAGAUAACAAGAUUUGAAGAACACCUGGAAAUUGAGAGCGUACUUAGGAAUCUACCAGUGAUCAACUUUAUAUACUUUAGAAUGCUAAAGCCUAGCAGUAGUUGGUUGAUGUUGAAGAUGGGAUCAUACUCCAAAGUUAAAUUGAAUACCGUCAAGCCUCAAACAUACAAGCCGAAAACAACUACUGCCUCGUUGCCUUCAGUGCCAAAUUCCAACACAAAGAAGACAAACAACAGCAACAACAACAACAAAACGAAUGGAAAUCAUUCACCUCCAAGACGUGAUCCAUCACUCUAUGCACAGCCAAUCUCAGAC